CCAUGGAAGGGGCGGAGCCUUGCCGCGGGGCGCGGGAGCCGGGCAGGGUCUCCCCCCGCCCAGCUAAGGGCAAGGGCGGGGUCUCUAGGCUCAACUCGGGGAAUUAGCGGCACCCUCCCUCCUCUGUCCCCGCCUCCUCCUCAUCUCACUCCAGUUCCCAUUUGAACCGUGAGUUUCUAUCUCUGACCAAUCCUGAGGCCGUCCUGUCGAAGUGAACACGACCCCAGCCAAUGGGAGGCACGCUCGGGGUUGCUUCCUGCUUCGUCUCCCCAUCUCCUUCCCGGAGCCCGCCGAAGGAUCUGGGGGGCCGGCGAGGGGUGGGCGGAGGCUACCGUGACGCGCAGUGGGACCUCGGCCAAUCGUGGGCGGGCGCGCCGCAGAUUGACAAGGGCGGCGUCCAGUGUUGGGGCGCCGCCGGCACUUCCCGUCGAGGAGGUAUAGUGUGUAAUAUGGCGAAGACCUACGAUUACCUGUUCAAGCUACUGCUGAUCGGGGACUCGGGGGUGGGGAAGACCUGUGUCCUGUUCCGAUUCUCCGAGGACGCCUUCAACUCCACCUUCAUUUCCACCAUAGGCAUUGACUUCAAAAUUAGAACUAUAGAACUAGAUGGCAAAAGAAUUAAACUGCAGAUAUGGGACACAGCUGGUCAGGAACGGUUUCGAACAAUUACAACUGCAUACUACAGAGGUGCUAUGGGCAUCAUGCUGGUCUAUGACAUCACCAACGAGAAAUCUUUUGAUAAUAUCCGGAACUGGAUUCGAAACAUCGAAGAGCAUGCCUCUGCAGAUGUGGAAAAGAUGAUACUUGGAAACAAAUGUGAUGUAAAUGAAAGAAGACAAGUUUCCAAAGAACGAGGGGAAAAGCUAGCACUUGAUUAUGGAAUUAAAUUCAUGGAGACCAGCGCAAAGGCCAAUAUCAAUGUAGAGAAUGCAUUUUUCACUCUUGCAAGAGACAUCAAAGCAAAAAUGGACAAAAAAUUGGAGGGUAAUAGUCCACAAGGCAACAACCAGGGCGUUAAAAUCACCCCCGAUCAACAAAAGAAAAGCAGCUUUUUCCGAUGUGUUCUUCUGUGAGGAACACUGCCUUAACCUGAGCCUGUGCUCAGCUGAACUGGACUGUUCCCGUUCCGAGUGAGUUUUCCUCUAUCUGUGGACUUCCCACCUUCCAACACGCUCGCCCCAUGGCUCCGUGGCCGCUGCGGGACCCCGGCUGCCGGAACGAAAUUGAGAAAUUGUUUAUUUUAGUAACGGUCUGAUUUUUCCAACUUUGGAGAUGGAAUAAGUUAAGAAUUUACUAUUUUUCCUGUAAUGUUUGCCAUAUCGGCUCCAGCAUUGUAUGACCAGUGAAGAGAAACAGUUGAAAACUGACCAACAAUAGCACCUUUCUAACAGGAUUCAGUCUCUGAGGGUGGUUUGGUGUUUUGGUGUGUUUUGUUUCUUUUCUUUUCUUUUUUUAAAUCUGGAACACAUCUAAACUCCAGCAAGAAACCCAGUCUGGUCAGAAGAGUCCUCAUGAGGGCACUUAAAUGCCAAUACUGAUUAAAGGUGUUUGUAUACAUGAUCCCCAUGCAUCCACUGUACAGAGUCUUGGACUUAGACAUUUAUCUUACAAGCAUUUUCUAUCUCAGGACCCACUGCAAAGGUCACUCAUUUAAGCAGCAGAGAGCUGACUAUUGAGAGUGGGGAAUAUAUUAGCCCCAAUCUGGGCCUUUCCAAAUUACGCUUUACUAUUCGGUCACAAGGUUCUGGACAAUCUACCAAAUCAAAUCCAUUUUUUAAAUGUUUUGUAAAAAUAAACCAAAGUGAAGCAUGAAUUUAUUGAAUUCUUUGGAGAGUGUUUCAAGGGGGAAAUAAUGGUUUUUUCCUCUUUGGUGCCUGGGUUUCAGUCUCUUGUCCAUUCUUGUUAUCUGCAGGCCCCACAGUGGCAUCUGUGAUCUCUGACCUUUCACUGUCUAAAGUAAUGCCUUUCCAGCUAUGGUAUAAGUAGCUCUUGAUGGUGAUCCUCACAUGACUUAAGAAACAAGGAUCACCCCAGGGACCUCUACCCAUUUCCUUCUUUGCCUGUGAUUUGGGGGAAAGGGUUGCCUACCUAACUUUUAAAAACCAGAACAGCCAAUGUUCCUUACCCACCUCUAGUCGGGGACAUCAGGUGACCAAAACAUGCUCUUCUUCAUGUAUACAAACACAAGCAGCCCCACUCUAGGCAGCAGGUCACCCUUAUCUCCAAAUGGGAUGUUCUUUUUAGCAGAGAUUUAUUUUUUAAAUUCUUAGUGCCAUGAAGUGAUUCAUUCUUCGAUUUCCAAGAGCACGUACAGACAACUGGGGAGUCUGUGCCAUUCCAAAAGGCCGUGGCAGGAAGAGUCCUCUCCACAGGCCCUAUUCCUGACCCCAUGUGUGACAGUGACACACAGCACAUUCCAAUGUGAAAUACUAACAGCAAAACAGUUUGGGGUUGGUUUUUUUGUUUUUGUUUUUUAAUUAUCAUUAGGUUCUCUUUGACAGCUAGAGGCUUUCAGCUUAGAGUCUGUACAAUUGAAAGUAGUUUACUAGGUUGGAGGUAACGUCAACAACUAAGUUGUUUAGAAGCUGCUGUCUCAAUCAAGUCAUUGGCAUAGUUCCAUAGUUUCUGAAUUAAAACAAACAUAUCAACAAUAUCCUGCUAUUCACUGGAAUCUCUAACAUGCUCUGUUUACAUUGAUAAAUGCACUUAAGGAAAAGAAAUUAAAGCUCAUUUUAAAGUUAA